AUGGCGCAGAAAGCUAUUAAGUACAUAGGCCGCACCACAGAUUUCAAAGGCAACACGCUGUGGGAGUUGGUGGGCAGUCUGCCGGACUGGGGUGUCGGUCGCAUGGUUAUACGUAACAUGUUUCAACGCUAUCCGGAGCCCUGCUACAUGCGCAUUCUUAAAGUGCAGGCGGUUAAUGAGCAGCCCAAUGAGGCACGCAAAGUGCGCGUUACAGUGGAAAAGACCUGGCGCGGCAUCACCCAACCCAAGCCAGUUGAGAUCUAUAGUACCAGCUACAAGGCUGACUAUUCGCUAGUGCCAGUCGGUGAGGAGCAAAAGUAUCUGAGCAACAAAAACAAAGUGGAGGAAGUCAUAUUGCCCACGACAAUUGAACUGCCACCGCUGUUGCGUGAAUAUAUCCGAGAUGAAACUGGCGUGGCUAAUCCUCAGAUGAAGGUGCAUUUUAAGAAAACUUUUAACAAGCAAGCAAGACUAGCACAAGAAGGCGAAAAGCCUACACUGGAGGUUUCUAUGGAUGUUGGCAAACCCGCGCCAGUGGCUUCCAAGCUUUAUGAGGGAUUGCUCUAAGCUGCAGCAAUUGUAACAACCGUUGAAUUAUUAAAAUAGUCUUGUGUACCAACUAAAA